AUGAAGCUUCAAUAUCUUUCUUUGCUGCCAUUGGCAUCAAUUGCCAGCGCUAGCUGGUCGAAGAACCUCAACUACCGUUCGCCUUCAGAACACCACCCAGCUCUUGGUGUUUCCAUUCACAAGGUGGUCAAAAGGAACGAUCCAGCAAGCAGCUAUGCCGCCUCUAGCCUGAGCUUUACCCACGGUGUCGCUUCAGGUGACCCAUACCCCAACAGCGUCAUCCUCUGGACCCGUGUCGCUCCUCAAAGCGAUAACUCGCAAUCCAACCUUACGGUCACAGGGUACGCACCUCUAUUCGACCAUGACAAUGAAAAGUACGUCAAAAUCUCGAAAGCACCAGUGUGCGUCGAGUACAAGGUUUACGACAACAAGAACGGUUCCACGGUUGUCGACUCCGGAAAGGUCUUCACCAGCUCUGACGUAGACUUUACCGUCAAGGUCGAAGCCAAGAACUUGAAGGCGUACAGCACGUACUACUACCAGUUCAAUGUCUGUGGUUCGGAGAACAAGAGUCCUCUUGGACGCACGAAGACUACGCCAAAUGCCGACGACGAUAUCACCGAUGUCAGUCUUGCGGUGUACAGUUGCGCAAACUAUCCAUUUGGUUUCUUCAACGCUUAUGGAAAUGUUGCCCGCAAGGAUUCUGUCGAUUAUGUUGUUCAUCUUGGUGACUACAUCUAUGAGUACAAGAAUGGAGACUACGGGUGGGGCAACUCAAUCGACCGUAUCCCUCAGCCGGACCACGAGAUCUUCACUCUUUACGACUACCGAAGGAGGCUCGCUACAUACCGAACCGAUCUUGACCUGCUCGCUAGCCACGAGCAGUUUCCGUGGAUUCCUGUUUGGGACGAUCACGAGGUUGCUGAUAACACUUACCGCGACGGCAUGUCUGAACUCAACAAUACCGAAGACUCCUUCCUCCGCGACGGCGGUGUAUCUGUUGACCAGCGCAAGAUGAAUGCGGUUCGAGCCUACUAUGAAUGGAUGCCAAUUCGCCAAGUCGACAUGGACGACAAUCUCCGCAUCUGGCGUUCUUUCUCCAUUGGAAAACUUGUCGAUCUCAUGAUGCUUGACACCCGUCAAUACGACCGUUCCAUCACUGAUCUUUACUGGAACACAGACUACGUGCACGACAUCUCUAACGAUGCGGGCCGUUCCUUAAUGGGCUCUCGUCAAGAAAACUGGUUUUACCGCAGUCUUUCCGAGUCUGCCGAACGCGGCGCAACAUGGCGCAUGGUAGGCUCUCAGAUUGUCUUCUCGCGCGUCAAUCAAUCCGCUGCGUAUGGAGAAGAAAACCCCCUGAACUACGAUGCAUGGGAUGGGUACCAAGCAAAUAAGAACCGUACUCUCAACCACUUGUACAGCAACAACAUCAACAACAACAUCUUUCUUGCCGGCGACAGCCACGCAUCCUGGGUCAGCGACCUCGUCUGGCUCGACGAAAAGAACUACAGCUCUGCGACCGGCGCAGGUAGCAUUGGUGUCGAAUUCGCUGGCUCAGCCGUCACGUCUCCCUGCCCUUACGGCGCCAACAUUACUCUCGCGACCGCCAACAACUACUCUUCUAUCAUCCAGUCUGCCAACGCUGAACUUCAGUGGCAAGACCUAUACUACCGUGGUUACUUUGAGUUGCAUUUCUCCCACGAAGAACUCACAGCGAACUUCUUCGGUAUGCCAACUGUCGUAACGAGGAAUGGCUGGGAAAUUCCUAUUGCGAAUUUCACGGUCAAGAGUGGCGAAAACAGAUUACAGAGACCUGUUGCGGGCGGUGUUGUGGAGAGUGGAAGCUUGAAAGGGGGAAAGACUGUGCAGACCAAUCUGACAAUUGAUACUAACAACGGAACAUGGUUCGUCAGUCAUGCGGAUUUGGAAGUGUUGUAG